AUGGCCAAAAUCGCACCUAACUUAGGGAGGGUACAAUAUGAAGUCAAGGAUGUGUACAAGCUAAUGUACAAGUACUGCUUCCCGCCUGAUUUCAAAGAAAUGCUACGGAAGAGGUAUGAGUCCAUUGGGCAAGGAGCAAGAUGCGUACAAGAUUUCUUUGCCAACCUCGAGCUAUACAGGACCCAACUGAGUGAUAUCACGGGCCUACAACAUGUCCGGAGGGCGUGGGACGGUGCGGCUAGACACAUCCGGGCGGAAUGGGCAAUGAAGGGAUAUUGCGCCGACAAUGCUACCUUUGAUCAGCUCAAAGCAGCCGCGCUAGAUAUCAAAAGGUCCUAUAACGUGAGUAGAAACCAAGUCAAUGAACACGUAAAGCAAGACAGCCACAAAGGAGAACAAUUGCGUAGCCCGGAUUGCAAACAAAACCGCAAAGACAAACAAUCACAACAAAACCCCCAAUCAAACACCCACCACCAGAACAAAAGCUCACGGGAACAAGAACACUCAAGCAACUGGAAGAAAUCCAAGCUACCAAUCAACAGCCAACAGACAGGAAACUCAAGAAGCAAUCUCACCAACAAACAGAAGGAGAGGUAUAGGGCUGAAGAUCAGUGCUACCUCUGCCACAAAGUAGGACACAUGGCCUGUAACUGUACCAAGGCAAACUCUGCCAAACCUACCAGACUAAGAGCAAAUGCGGCCACCCUGGGAACGGAUUCCAAAGUCAGAGCGUCGUCUGUGAUAGUCAAGGAAAUCAACCAACUCUAUCAGACAAAGGAUACGCUGGGAAUAUCAUCAGUAAAGGUAGAUGACAAACCAGUACGAUUAAAUGCUGCCAAAACAAAGUCUGAAACAGUUGGGUUUAUUGAAAGAAACACGGUUCAAGUAAAAGACAACACUCAACUGGUUCCCCAAACUAUAGUAGUGCGUGCUAAGUUAAACGGCAAAACAAUUCAAGCUCUCCUUGACUCGGGGAGUCAGGCAGAUAUACUAUCAACAACAAUAGUGGAUCAGUUACAUAUUACCAGAGUGACACUGACCAAACCGCUACAACUUCAGUUAGCUGUUUUGGGCUUGAAGAGCACAGUGAAUUACGGAGCUAGCGCUCGACUUCAAUACCAGGGAAUCAACAAAGAGAGAGAUUUCAAUGUUGGCAACCUGGAUGGAUAUGACGCCAUAUUGGGCACACCUUGGCUAUACCAACACUGCGUCAGCCGUAUCAACGGAUGCAAUAGAAGGAAGAAUGGAAGAACUACAAUCAGCGUUGAGAAACUAAUGCUCAGACUUGUGCCCACCGUCUGUAGCAAGUACACCCUUACCACCGUUUUACCAUCAAAGUGUGCCAAGAAACUUAGACCCCUAUUUGACAAAAAGGCUAGAGAAUACUUACAAACAGGAAGGUGGGAACUCACCACAGGGAGCAAUGCGGUCCCCAUGCUCAUAUUAACAAAGAAGAGCAGUGACGGCUUGGUGGCCAUACAAACUGUACUAGACAAACGUGAGCAAAACAACAAUACGGUGAAGCUAGCGUUGCCCCUACCUCCACCCAAGGACGUAUUACUGAAUGUCAGCCAAAAGAAAUUCCGUUCUGUGAUUGACGGCAAAGACGCGUACAAACAAAUUAGAGUAGUGCCGGAGGACGUACCAAAAACCUUGUUCCACACCCCACUGGGAACAAUGGUCAGCAUGGUCAUGCAGCAAGGAGACUGUAACGCGGGCGCCACCUACCAAAGCCUAAUGAACCACCUAUUCCAAUUGUAUAUUGGUGUGUUCAUGUACGUAUACCUAGAUGACAUUGUGAUCUUCUCAGACACAAUCAAAGAACACGUCAAACAUAUACGCACAGUAGCUGACAUACUCCAACGCAAGAAAUUUUAUAUAAGUCCAAAGAAGAUGCAGUUCUUUGCGCAAGAACUCAUACUACUUGGGUAUGUGAUAGACAAAAAGGGCAUCAGGAUGGACCCCCAUAAAGUUGACAGCAUUGAGAAAUGGAAGACUCCUACCACAAAAGACCAAGUGGCCAGCUACAUAGGUGCACUGGGCUAUCUUGCGCCCAAUUGCAAGGGCUUGAAACAACCAAUGGCCAUUCUAUCCAAAUGCUCUAGUGGUAAGGGACUGUUCAGGUGGGAUGGGACGGAGGAGAGAGCCUUCCGCAAAACCCAACAAAUUGUACGCAAACAUUGA